GAUGCACGUUGCCCCGUGAUGUCAUGCGGGCUGCAACCACUCUAGGAGAAACCCCAAGUGCAUUUUUUUGCCUCGCAGAGAGGCCUGGACAUAUUAUUGCCCAAAUAGGGACAAUCUGCGUCGCCUUGCCCACGUUUCGCAAUACGGACCAAAGAGGAAAACGGGUGCAUGUGUGUCACUCAUACAUACAUCCAAGUCGGAGAUAUUCCGGAAACUUCCCUUGACACCCGUCGACUUCGCGGAAACUCGUGUCCUUAUUCACCCGCUUGCAGCAGACUUCGUCGGCCACCGCCCGGAACGCCGGGCGUCGACCUUGGUUUUUUCGGCGGGGAAAUAACCACGAGACAACCCCCAACGGAGGAAGUCGGAACGACUACGCGGGUGUUCGGCGUUUGCGAAGGUCAGUCAGGGUUUUCUUACCCGAAUGCCACAAGUACCUUCGAAUAUGGUCCGGCCCGGCUGUUUCUCGCUCGGGCCGGUGUUUUCCACAUAGACAACAAACCAAACCAAGGCCGGUCAUCUCACUCCUUUCUACCCAAACCGGCAUACAUACAAACAAUCAGCCCUCCCGCGCUCUCUACAGUUUCUGUUGAGCAACGGAAUACCUCGAGCAUGACAAGAAAGCCAUCGGAAACCUGGCCGGAGGACAAAUGGAGAGACCCGAGCGACUCCCAAGAGAUCGAGGGCCCCCAAUGCCAACAACCCUAUCAAGAGGUGCAUACCUUUACCUGCCGGCUCCACAGCGCUAUCCCAUACUCAUGGGCGGGGCAAGACCCUGUAAAGAUGUCAUUGUGGCAGAGGAGAGCCUUCAUCUCCUCAUGCCGCAAUGCCACGCGCGAAAACCUCUCUCCAUGCAUCAGUGCUACCUGUCACGGUCAAAGAUCGACAUGGUCUUGGCCUAUGUUCAUUCGCAAAAUUCCACCCGUCAACCAGCCAGACGCACUGGGGGAGUGGGAGCAAAUCUCCUUGCUAAACCUCGGUGAAGGCAGGGCCCAGCGAGAGGCCCGAGACAAGCGCUCAAUGGAUGACCAUGUCGGCCGCCCGCUGUUCUUCUGGAACGCGGCGCUAUUUGGUCCCGUGCACGCGUCCUUGUUCCAGUCUAUUUAUGUCAACGAUGAUACUUUACGAGGGCUGAACUGGCACGUAAAGCAUUUCCUCGAACGCGAUGAGCAGUGGCGCGACCUGGGAACAGAGGCCUUCGUUGAGCUUGAGGAUGCUGUAUUCCCGGCGGAACCUGUUGGCGAGUCCGACGGAGUCGCUGAUACGACUGUCAGAGCACCGGUGCAUGGACGAAUAUGGUGUCUCAACUUCAGCCGUUCGGGGGGCAUCCUCCCACUGCCGGUAGGCCCAGAGCACGACGAGAACAUUCAUGACCCCUUUGUUUGUUUUGGACAAGCCUACGCGGCACCCUGGCCGAGCACGGGACCUCGAAGUACUCAUUAUGAGACUAGCGCACGAUGGAUGCUUAGAAUCCUAUACCAUACUCGGUGCUUUGUCCGAGCAACAAGUUCACUUAUGCAGGAGCCAGUAACUGUCAGUGCUGGGUUGAAACUGGCUCGUGGCUUUGCUCAAAGCUCGGGGUCGUUUCCUUUGCACGGCCGGACUCUGUGCAUUGAAGAAGUGCGGGCCGCCAUUCUCCUCACCCAGGAACUAGAUCCCGCCCGCCCGCUCUUUUCAAUCAUAUGCCUUUCGGACUCCGAUCAGAUUUUCUCUGCAACGCGAAAGCUAAGGGAUGGUACGGACGACAGAAUGCUCCGGAUGUGGCCGGAGGUUCUCAAAGGACAGGGGCUUGCCGGCAUCAACGCAUUUCAGAAUACCGUAUCCGUGUGGCUAGAGGACUGGGCAGCAGCCUGGAAUGCCAGCCUAGACGAGAUUAACACUAUCAUCAAUGUUAAUCUCGACGAUGUGAUAAGGAAGGAUUGGAUUUCCGAACAUAUGUUUGACGAUUCAUUCCAAGUUUCAGCCAUGUACAGCUCGGUCUUGCACCUGCUCAGGAUCUUUUCCACUCACAUCACCGAAUCCGCCACGCAUGUCGGCGAACUCCGUUACGCCAUUAGAUGGGACAUUUUGGGGAAAGAAAGAGCACUCACUGUCAAGGAGAACUUGGACAUCCUGGUGCUUAAUAAGAACAGGUUGUCCGACCAGCUCCUCCGUCGUAUACAGGACAAGACGGCUGAGAUUGAAAGCCUCCGGGACGCGAUCUUCAACGCCACGUCACUUAGGGAAGCUUCGGCAAGCAGCGAGGUGAACUCGUAUCUCUUCAUCUUCACCGUCAUGACUAUCUUCUUUCUGCCGCUGAGUUUCGUUACGUCCAUCUUCGGGAUGCAUUUGUUUGACAAGGAAGAUCCCUCUGCCAACCAGACCACAUUUUAUAUCACCAUGGUUUUGACGGCCAUAACUACCUAUGUCGCGGCUCUGUCGGCGGUUUGGUUCAUUGCGCCCCCAGCGCAACGCGAGAAACUAAAGACGACUUUGGGGAGGGCUCUGGGUAAAUAAGCAAGAGACGUUAAGUAGAGCACUGCCAUCCGGGUACGUGGUGUGGUUGCUACCGUGUGCAGAGGUGGUUGGAUACAUGGGAGAAGUGGGAACUUCAGAAUGCAUUUAAUGCGAAUGAGACUUGACUACCUUCCUCGAGUUAGAGCUAAUCCGGCUCAUGUGCUCACAACUACAGAUGUGGCCUAGAUGCACGUCGGAGGCCGACAUGGACCGAGACCGGCCAAUUUAAUAUUGCCAAUACAC